CCAAAGUAUAUAUCUAUGCAUUGCGUUCAGAGUCUGAGUGACUCUUUUGAUCCUGAGUUUUGAUUUCACUGUCAAAGUGUCGACUCAAACAGUAUUGCGAAACAAUGCAAAGAGUGACCAAUUGUCUCAUCAAAAGCCACCUAAAACUAGGCGCAAGUGUUGGCUAUGGUCUGAAUGGCAGGAUUGUGAGCACCGUUGGCACCACCGCUCCCAACGGACAGCCAUUUCGCGUAUUCACCGCACGGGCAGCUCAGGAACCCUUCCUCAAUGGCUCGUCAUCUAUAUAUGUGGAGGAGAUGUAUAAGUCGUGGCAAAAGGAUCCCAAUACUGUCCAUAAGAGUUGGGACGCAUUCUUCAAGAGCGCCACCGCAGGAGUACAGCCCGGGUUCGCGUACACGAGUCCACCCUCUUUGGCCUCCGGGGGCUCUACUCUGCCCGCCAUUGACAUCACCUCAACCACAGCCUUAAGUCCGCAAAGCGAUGUGUCAGCCGUAGGGCACCGGGAUAUCGACGACCACUUGUCUGUCCAGGCGAUCAUACGCUCCUAUCAGGUUCGGGGACAUUUAGUAGCCAAAUUGGAUCCGUUAAGUAUCACAUCGGCGAACAUCCACUCGCCCCUACACUCUGGUACGCCCAGUUCC